UAUUCUCCCUGGCUCUAGAACAGGCUUGAUCCUGAGUUUGUCUCCAAGGUAGGGAAGACCUUGAUCUGCGUACCAGUCCCAAAUUGAGAGGCGCAAACUCUCUUCCCAUCGCCUAUAAAACGGUUAAGACAAACACCACGACGACAGUCUCACUAGAGGCUGAACAGAAAAAUGGAGAUAUUUUUAACGGCUUUGUUCAUAAUUCUGGGAUUCACAGCCUUUUAUUUAUUUCAUCAGCGAAGGGACCCGCAAAAUCCCCCUUGCAUAAGUGGCUGGAUUCCUUGGAUUGGAGCAGGGUUCAAGUUUGGAGAAGCCCCUCUGGAAUUUAUAGAGCAAGCAAGAAUAAAGUAUGGACCAGUAUUUACAGUUUUUGCUCUGGGUAAUCGGAUUACAUUUGUAACUGAGGAAGAGGGCAUCGAUGUAUUUUUCAAGUCAAAAGACAUAAAUUUUGAACAUUCAGUGCAAGAACUCAUCGAAAAAAUAGUAUCAGUUCCAAAAGACAUCUUUUUUGCAUUCCAUGGAAUAUUAUAUGGUCUGAUGAAAAACAAAAUGAGAAUUUCCCAUCUAUAUCAGUUCACUGAAAAAAUGGUAGAAGAAUUACAUGAACAACUAGAGACUUUGGGCACUGAUGGAAAGAAUGAUCUCUUUAACUUGGUAAGGAACAGCCUGUAUCCAGUAACAGUGAAUUUUGUUUUUGGCAAAGGCUUAUAUCCAAUAACCCACAAGAAAAUUGUAGAGUUCCAUGAGCAUUUUCAGAAUUUUGAUGAAGGUCUUCAAUUUGCGAGUCAGAUGCCAGAAUGUUUCAUAAGAAACUGGUCAAAAUCCAAAAAGUGGUUUCUAACUCUGUUUGAAAAAAGCAUUCCUGAUCUAGAGAAGUACAAACCUUCAGAUGAUGAUUCCCUGACAAUAAUGCAGCUGAUUACAAAUGCCUUGAGGCAAGGAACAAGUGAACAUAAGGCUCCCAAUUAUGCUUUAUUAAUGCUUUGGGCUUCUUUAUCUAAUCUCGCUACUGUGGCGUGUUGGACAAUUAUGUUUAUUCUCCAUAACCCUUCUGUUUACAAGAAUGUCAUGGAAGGCAUAGUUUCUGUGUUUGGUGAAGCAGGUAAAAAUAAUAUUAAGAUUUCAGAAAAAGACUUGAAGAAACUUCCACUAAUCAAAUGGUGUGUUUUAGAAACCAUUCGCUUAGUUUCUCCUGGUAUAAUCACAAGAAAAGUGAUGGAGCCAAUGAAGAUUUUGAGUUAUACUAUCCCUGCUGGAGACAUAUUGAUGUUAUCUCCUUUUUGGAUCCAUAGAAAUCCGAAGUAUUUUCCAGAACCUGAAUUGUUCAAACCUGAACGUUGGGAAAAGGCAGAUUUAGAGAAGAAUGCUUCCUUGGAUUGCUUUGUGGCAUUUGGAGGAGGGAAGUACCCAUGUCCAGGAAGGUGGUUUGUUCUCCUGGAGAUUGAGAUCUUUGUGGCUUUACUAUUUUACAAGUAUCAGCUUCAUCUGGUGGAUCCAUUUCCAAAACAGAGUUUGAAACAAUUAAUGGGAGUCCAGAGGCCAGUGACAUCAUGUCGAGUGGAAUAUAAAUGCAGAAAAUAAAAGCUCAUUUAUCUUAACAUGGGCCAAUACCUAAGCAGAUUCCUGAGUUGUCCUAAAUCCUGCGAAACUGUCCUUGUUGAACAAAUGUACUACCACAUCCGUAUCUUAGCUAACUAUGUAGAACUAGAUGGAAUUUUUGUUCUUAUUGGUAAUUGUGUUUAAUUAGUGUACAUUCAUUAAAUUGGUGUCUCAACAGUGGACAGAAAAGAAAUCAAAAAGUAAAUGAAAUAUCAGUUUUAUGAAAACUUGAAAAUAUUAAAAAUAGCUACUUUAAAAGCAGCUUUUUUCACACAUAAACAUGUAUAACAUGAUACAGAUGUUGAUUUAAAUUGAAAUUUUUUUACUUCAAUUUACAGCGACCCUUAAAAAAAGUCCACAAAAUAUAAUAUUUGCUAUAUUGUGUUACAAAGAUUUUAUAUAUAAUAUAUAAUAAUUAUAAAUAAGAUAUAUACAUAUAUAUAUACAUAUACAUAUAUAUAUAUAUAUAUAUAUAAAAUGUUUGCUCAAUUUGAAUUCUGAAUCACUGUCAAUUAAUGAAAAAGUACCUGAGGCUGUGUGAUAUAAUAUAGAGGCCUGACCUUGGAUUCAGUAAAGCAUGGGUUUAGAUCUUGCCUCUGACACAUAUAUUUGUGGGAUCAUGGCCCAGUGCCCCAGAUAGCUGUCUUAGACUACAUGUCAGUCUGCAUAAGUAAAGAGAAUUUCCAUACUCAAACUGCUAGGAGCCAUCUAGCAAUAAUGCCUUGCCAAAGGUUCACUCUGUGACCUCUUGGUUACCAUGUGUGACCUUGUCAAGACAUUGUGGCUUGAAUCAUUCCUAUAUCAUUGAAAUCCUAGGUCUGGACCACCUCCUCUAUUCCCUCCUUCCCCCAAAAAAGAUUCUGCUUUGGUUGAUAUGAUUCUAGAAUUAUGUAGCACUUACACUAUUAUCAUUCCACUAGUUAAAAUUAUUUUAAAUAUAUCCACUACUAAAUUGCAUAAAGAUAUAUUUCAUACAUAAAGAUGUAUUUCAUAUAGCAGCUAGGUUGCACAAUGGUUAGAGUGCUAGACAGGAAACAGAAAGACCUGAAUUCAAAUGCUGCCUCAGACAUGUGUUAGCUGUGGGACCCUGGGCAGGUCACUUAACCUCUUUGCCUCUGUUUCUUCAUCUGUAAAAUGAGCAUAAUAAUAGCACCUACAUCACAAUGUGGUUGUGAAGAUCAAAUGAGAAUAUCUGUGAAACUCUUAGCACUUGGCACAGUACCCAGAGCAUAGCAAGCCUUUAAUGAACAUUUAUUCUUUUUCAUUGCAGGUAUUUUUAAAUAUUAGCCUUAUUUAAUAGAUUGGGUGAAAGAUUCUUUAUUAUUAUUCUUUUUCUUCUUCCAGUAAUAUUUUUUGUAUUUUUCCCCAGUUCCAUGUAGAGAUAAUUUUUCCCCUUAAAUUUUUACCUUCUGUCUUAGACUCUAUACUAAAUAUUGAUUCCAAGGCAGAAGAGAGGUAAGGGCUAGGCAGUUGACUUGUCCAGGGUCACACAAUUAGGAAGUUUUUUAGGUCAGAUCUGAACCCAGGACCUCCUAUCUCUAAGUCUGUUCCUCCACUGAGCUACCCAAGCUCCAUGUCUCCAUAAAUAAUUUUUAACAUUUAUUUUCGAACAUUUUUCCAUCCAAAUUCUCUCCCUCUCUCUUUCCUCUCUUCCCUCCCUAAGACAGCAGACAAGCUGAUAUCAGUUAUUUGUGAUCUCUCCUGAAAUAUAUAUUUCCAUGUUCAUCAUGUUGUGCAAGAAGACAUAGAUUGGAAAUAAAGUGAAUGAUGGUAGACUUCAAUCCACAGUCUCACUCUGGAGACAGAUUCUUUCUGUCCCUUCUGGUCGAAUUGAAUUGAUUUCAUGACAGAUUCCCUCUGUCCCUUCAAGUUCCUUUCAAAAUGCCUUCCACAUAGUGGGUGGUCAAUGAAAAGGGUUUGAAUUGAUUUAUUAGUUGAUAGUUAAACUGAAAUCAGUCUUUCAGUCUUUUACAGCAUAGAGCGGUUACUUAUACCCGGAGGAUAAGAUUAUAACAAUCUGACAAGGCUAAAUUGCUUUUGAAUGUAAUUCUUUAUAUUGUAAGCCUUAUGGAUGCUCACUGUGAAUUGAAGAAAAGAAUUUAUGUUUUGUUUGGGGGAGGAAAGCCUGAGCCCUUGACUUGGCUAUGUUAAUGCUAGUGCCUAAUUAAUUUCAUAAUAAAUACAUUUUCUUGGAUCA